AUGGCUUCAACGCCGCCCCUUUCUCAGCCCGCCGCCAUGCGCUCACCCGACAAGGCCAAUGUUGACCUGCGCCAUCCGGUCCCAGAUCUGCAGUCACUACAAGGUGCAUACGUGGGGAACAUCGAGCGCCUCGAAGAGCAUGCAGAGCGCAUGAGCGAGACCGGCUCAGACCUGCAGGAAGAGAUUCGGAAGACAUACUCGGAACUAAAGCUGACUGACAGUCGGCGUUCGUCAUUGCGCUCCCCUCACGGCGAUGAGCUUACGAGGCAGUUCAGCACCCGCAGCCGCGGUCUGUCCAACAGCUCCCAUGCGAAUUCCAUAGUAGAUUUGAACGGGAAUGCGCGAUGGGGUGGCUACUCUCCAGGAGGCUACAUUACCUCACCAGUCGGCUCUCUGCGGUCCGGAAGCUGGUCCAACCCACCAUCUUCGUCAAUUCAGCGUCAGCGCUCGGGUUCCAAAGCAUCGCGCUUAGGACAGGUUGUACAUCCCGAACAGGUUGUAGAAGAGGAAGGAAACGGCCAUGAAACCCACCCAGCAUCCGCCCCACCCGCUUCCCAGGAUCGCGACUCUGCAUCGCCGCCCCAACGUAAGGUUUCGUCUUUUACAAGGAUAUUCGAUGAUGUCGCCAACGGACUUCCAGAAGACUUGCGCAAUAGUGUCAUCAUGGGCACACCGCCCAGGAGGCAGUCUGCAGACCACCAUCCCGGAGAUAACUAUCAACGGCAUGCAGACCACCAUGAUUUCCCAGAUCGGCCCCCAACAGCAGCCUCGACCGACACCACACACCAGGUCCAUUCGUUAUGGCACGAUUUCGAUGGUGUUCACUGCCCGGACACCGUCGAGGAAGAGCCCGAGCUAUCUCAACUUGGCCGGAAUCUCAGUCGACAAUCCUCCAAUAACCUAUCAUUUAACAUGGGAUCUGAUCCAAGCCUCCGUUUGAUGUCUGGCCCAGUAUCUAGCCAUACCCAAGGCCAACCGCCACCAGACGACGGCAUGGUCUACUAUCCUGCCCCUGUACCCAGGAUGCUCAACUUGCCAAAGCGUCUCUCCCAAAUGCCAUCCGGCAAUCAACAAGCUAGACGGCGGACACAAUUACUGGAGUCUAUGCAGAUGGAAAAUCGAAAGUCGAUGCCGUUGCCUGCCGACCCCAUGGAUCAGUCGCCGAAAGCGGCCAGGAAGAGCAGAGCGAGCAUCAUGGGGCUUCCACCCCAAUUACGAGCAAGUGCAUACUUUGACAACCGUGCAGCCCCUGUGCAAGAAUUUGCAGUCAAAGGAGAUUCCGCAGAGCGGAUGCUCGAAAGCAUCCUGGAUGCUUCUGCACAUGCACCCGUCUCGGCAUUUACCGACCAUCCGUUUGCCGGUAACGUAGGUCAUGAAGUAUACGGUACCGAGCAUAAGCGCAUGAGCUCCAAACUGCCCGAAAUGCCGCCGACCCUGCAGGAGACAAGAAGGCGAAGCUCCUUCAACAUAUUGGACACCAAACACAAUGGAAAUGGUGAACGCCUAAAGAAGUUGAAGAAACGAAAUUCCUCGGCUGACAUGAACCUCCUGCUUGUCAAGGCAAGCGAAACCCGGAUGAGUCUGGGCGACCAGUUGGAGGAGCGUGAUGAGGAUGCACGAGGGCCCCACAAUCAACACGAGGACGACGCCACCCGACCCUCGUACGAGGAAGGGCACGAGGGCCAUCCUCAAGAAGGCAGCGAAGAGGAGACAUCGGACGAGGAAGAAGAGGUUGAGGAGGAACUCCAAUAUGGUGCACCUACUACCCUUCUUGCCGAGCUGCAACUGCGCCAGGCGAAACAGAAGACUAGAAACAUGAACUAUGUGACGCUGAUGGAGCAAGGUCUAAUUGACGGUCGUCAAACUCUGCUCCAGAUGAACGACAAAGCCGAGGCGGAAAAGCAACGGCGAAUUCGCAAGAAAGUCAAUCUGGCCUGGGAGGCUCCAGGGGAAGAUGAAGACUCCGACGAUGAUGUGCCCCUGGGUGUUCUUUACAAACAGCCUCCCCGUGGCCCUAAGAUUAUAGGUCUCAUUGAACAGCGCGAGAUGGAGGAUAGAGAGCCGCUGAGCCGCCGCCGCAACAGGCUUCGUGGCCUUGAUCCAAAUCACCGGCACAUGGAGCAAGCUGGAGCAUCUUCAAGUCAAGUCAAUCUUGGUGUCCCCCAGAUGCCAACGCCUGACCCAAUCUCGGAUGAGGAUGAGGGUGAGACGCUAGCUGAUCGCAUGCGCCGACUAAAGGAAAAGCAACAGCUCGAGGCAGCGCUUGGCGACGACAUUCGCAACAGUCACGUUAGCGGUGACUUUGCCGCCGAGAUGAUGAGCAAAUUUGGUGUUACAGAAGACCAAAACCAUGCGAAAGACACACCUCUAGAAUCACCCAAAGACUCACCCAAACCUGGCGAAGAGGAAGAGCAGGAAGAAACACUUGGCCAACGCCGUGCUCGACUCCAAGCCGAAGCCGCCGCUCGCGGUGAGCUGCCCCCACAAGGCAACACCCGCCCCGGUCUCUACGGUUCCACCAGUCUUGCAGACAUCCUCUCCGCCAACCCCAUCGACCCCCACAACCAAGCCCGCAAAGUCUCCAACGAAGCUCUCAUCUCACAUCUACCCCAAGGAAGUCUCCUCCGCCAAAACGUCAUGGACCAAGAACGCAAGAAGCAACAACGUCUCAACGCCACUAAGCGAGCCUCUAGUUACGGCACCAUCGACCCACUCAUCAAAGGUGUGGGAGACAAGGAAAAAGACGACGAUGACAUCCCGCUCGGUCAGAAGAUUCAAGCCUACAAGAACUCCCAGAACCCCAUGAUGAACUCGCAAAUGGGUGGCGGACAGGGUAUGAUGAGCAUGAAUGGUAUGGGACUCAUGUCGCAAACCAGUCUCAACAUGUCGAUGCAGCAGCCCAUGAUGGGUGGCGGCGGCGGUGGCAUGGGCAUGAUGGGUAUGCAAUCACCGAUGGGUAUGCAGUCACCAAUAGGUAUGCAAUCGCCAAUGGGAAUGCAAUCGCCAAUGGGAAUGCAAUCGCCAAUGGGAAUGCACCCACAGAUGGGCAUGCAGUCGCCAAUGGGCAUGCAACACCCAGGCAUGAUGCAACAGCCCGGUAUGAUGGGUAUGCCAAUGGGCAUGCAAAUGCCCAUGGGACCAAUGGCUGGCAUGGGCAUGAACGGUAUGCCCAUGGGAAUGAACAUGGCCAUGAUGCAGGGUGGUAUGAUGGGCCCGCCCAUGGAUCCCAGACAGAGGGAUCAGAUUGAUCAGUGGAUGCAGGGUAUCAGACAUUCGUAG